AUGCGCAUGUCAUUCGCUGCACUUGCAGACUUCGGAGAGCGUUUGUUUCUUCGAGAUCGUGGAGCAUGUUUUUGUGAAUCGGGCACGUUUAUCUGCGAUCUUCCUGAAGAAAUGCCAGAAGUUUAUCCAGGGCUCUACCUCUCCGCUGGCUACUCCUUGACUGAUGUCGAAAUGUUGCGCAGUGAAAUUCCUCGCGAUGCACUCGAACGGGCAGGAUUUCUCUCAGCGAACGCUGCCACCGAUAUCGCAAGCCGCCUUCAAAUCGCUUUCGAGAGAAUUCUGCCAAAGGGUCUUCAAUGCCGAAUAGUGCUUAUGCCAGAGAUGAGCGAGCCAGGCUCAGCUUUCAUGCGAGUUGAGUGGUUCGGGAAAAAUGAAGCGCUCAAUCACACAAAGUUACAGUGGCAUACCGGAUGGGCGGAAAAGGCGUGUUCACCAUACGUCACGAUGCUCGCCGGCUAUUUCUCGCUGAACGACUCACCUCGAUUUCAGCUUGUCUUAUCGACUGUUAAACAGCUCAAA